GGUUCUAGAAAGGCGGCGAGAGGGGCUGAGGGGUGAGCCGGGCUGUGGGGGGCUUGAACCGGGUGCUCUGUGAGGGUGGAGCUGAGCUGAAAGGCCACCAUCUUCCUCAAGGUAAUAAUCCUCCAGCUUUCUGGCAUUAAGCACCCAGGAAAUAAUCCUGCAGGUUGGAGCUAUCAGGAAGAUUUGAGCUGGAAAAUGAAGCCCUGGCUGCAGUUGGUGUUUUUUACCUGGGUUUUCUUGAUCAGUCCCACAGAAGCAGAGUUCUUCACCUCCAUAGGUCAAAUGACAGACCUGAUUUAUGCAGAGAAAGACUUGGUCCAGUCUCUGAAGGAAUACAUCCGAGCAGAGGAGAAAAAGCUCUCUCAGAUAAAAAGCUGGGCUGAGAAGAUGGAUGUCCUGACCAGCAAGUCCACCUCUGACCCAGAAGGGUACCUGGCACACCCUGUCAAUGCUUACAAACUGGUGAAACGUUUGAACACGGACUGGUUGGAGCUGGAAAACCUGGUUCUCCAGGACACAACAAAUGGUUUCAUUGCCAACCUGACACUCCAACGCCAGUUUUUCCCAACUGAGGAAGAUGAGAGUGGAGCUGCCAAGGCUCUGAUGCGCCUGCAGGACACCUACAGGCUGGAUGCUGAAACUCUCUCUAGAGGGAUCUUGCCAGGAACAAAAUACAGAUCCUCUUUGACAGUGGGUGACUGCUUUGGCAUGGGGAAGACUGCUUACAACGAUGGAGAUUACUACCACACAGUGCUCUGGAUGGAACAAGCCUUGAAACAACAUGAUGAGGGGGAAGACACAAGAGUCAGCAAAGUGGAGAUCCUAGAUUAUCUCAGCUAUGCUGUUUUCCAGUUUGGGGAUUUACACAGAGCCAUGGAGCUUACCAGAAGGCUGAUAUCCCUUGACAGCACUCACGAGAGAGCAGGCAGCAACCUGCGGUACUUUGAGAAGCUGCUGGAGAAGGAAAGGGAGGAGGAGGAGGAAGAGAAGAUGUCAAACAAAACCAUGGCCAGGACAGAACCAGGGCUGCAAAAUAGUGCCUAUGAGAGGCCUCCUGACUACUUGCCUGAGCGGGACAUCUAUGAAGCCCUUUGCAGAGGGGAAGGGGUAAAACUGACCCCUCGAAGACAGAAAAGGCUGUUUUGUAGGUACCAUGAUGGGAACAGAAACCCUCACCUGCUCAUAGCUCCCUUCAAGGAGGAGGAUGAGUGGGACAGCCCUCACAUCGUUCGCUACUACGACGUCAUGUCUGAUGAAGAGAUUGAGAAAAUCAAACAACUGGCUAAGCCCAGGCUGGCACGAGCCACAGUUCGUGAUCCCAAAACUGGUGUCCUUACAGUGGCUAGCUACAGGGUAUCCAAAAGCUCGUGGCUGGAGGAAGAUGAUGAUCCUGUGGUGGCCAAGGUGAACCAAAGGAUGCAGCAGAUCACAGGGCUGACAGUGAAAACAGCUGAGCUGCUGCAGGUUGCCAACUAUGGAAUGGGAGGGCAGUAUGAGCCACACUUUGAUUUUUCAAGGAAAGAUGAGCCAGAUGCUUUCAAGCGGUUAGGGACUGGGAAUCGUGUGGCCACUUUUUUAAACUAUAUGAGUGAUGUAGAAGCUGGAGGAGCUACAGUUUUCCCAGAUUUUGGGGCAGCAAUAUGGCCCAAGAAGGGCACAGCAGUGUUUUGGUACAAUCUUUUCAGAAGUGGGGAAGGUGAUUACAGAACAAGGCAUGCAGCCUGCCCAGUGCUGGUUGGGUGUAAAUGGGUUUCAAACAAAUGGUUUCAUGAAAGAGGAAAUGAAUUCUUGAGACCUUGUGGGAGAACAGAAGUUGACUGAAACCCAACCUGCUCCAGCUCUUUGGUUUCUCUGCCUCCUUUUCUGUUUGUUCUUCCAGUUCAUUUCUAAGAAAUGAGCCAUCUUGUUGUUUCCUCCAAGAGUCCUGGCACUUUACCCAAAAAAGGA